CACCGACCGUCGGAGAAAGAUUCGAAGAAAGUGUUGCAGUUUUCGCGUUAUGAUUCUCUGUGUCUAAUUAUUUGGUUUCUCGAUUCAAUUUAAGUCAAUAUUACUUAGUUUUUGUUUGACCAAUUCGUUUGUUUAUCAUCUGUGUGCAUUUAGUCUGAUACAUUCUGUGGUGCUAAGAACAACUUGAGUUGUAUAUCAACUCUAGAAACUUCAAACUAGAAGUGUUAUAAAGGAGAUAUCUUUCAGCGACGCAAAAUGAGUUUCUUGUUUCGAUCUAGUAAAACCUUCAAACCCAAAAAGAACAUACCUGAGGGAACGCAUCAAUAUGACCUCAUGAAACAUGCUGCCGCAACACUUGGGUCCGGUAAUCUUCGCAAUGCAGUGCAACUACCUGAUGGUGAAGAUCUGAAUGAAUGGGUUGCUGUCAACACUGUAGACUUUUUCAACCAAAUAAACAUGUUAUACGGAACCAUCACGGAGUUUUGCACUGAAGACUCGUGUAGCAUCAUGUCAGCUGGGCCAAAAUACGAAUAUCACUGGGCUGAUGGUCAAACGGUAAAAAAACCAAUCAAAUGUAGCGCACCAAAAUACAUCGAUUACUUAAUGACCUGGGUGCAAGACCAACUGGACGACGAAACGUUGUUCCCAUCUAAAAUUGGAGUUCCUUUUCCGAAAAAUUUCAUUCAGAUUGCUAAAACUAUCCUGAAACGAUUGUUCCGAGUGUAUGCUCAUAUCUACCAUCAGCACUUUUCGGAGGUAGUUCGGCUGAGCGAGGAGGCCCAUCUAAACACCUCGUUCAAGCAUUUUAUUUACUUCGUUCAAGAAUUUAACUUGAUUGAUCGGCGUGAGUUAGCUCCUUUACAAGAUUUAAUCGAUAAACUCAUUACUAAGGACGGUCGAUAAGUCUACGAUCAAAACAAAAAGCUAACGUUUUGUUUUAUUUAGAGAUAAUAUGCCUACAAUACAGUAACAUUAACGAUUUUUACAAUCUACUCAUUUUCCCCCAAUAGGUAAUGUAGUCUCUAUGUAUAGAACGUUUGUUCCAAGAUCUAGAAAUUCAAAUAAUUCGUCCACAGUUUCUUAUCUUAUUUUAGUUAUUUAAUUUGUUAAUUUUACAAUACAAUAUAUUUUAAGAUUUAAUGUUAUUUUUGUCGAACAAGCCAGCUUAAACGAUAAUCAAUUUAAAAAUGCAUAUGUAAAUAUUUGUUUCAAUCACACAUGCAAAAGGUUAAUUUUACUUUAAAAGUAUAACGCGCGCAAUAUGUCUAUACAGUGUGAUUUACAUCAAUUAAUUUCACCGCCUCUGUUUGGAGUAUUCGAGCUUUGCUGCAACGUCUGUCGAAAUCUCACGGACUCAACAAGGACUGAUCGGCUACGUUGUUUCGCUUUGUAAAGUCGUUCAAUUUAGUUGCCUCGAAAUGUACAAUAAAUACCAAAAGCUUAAUUCUCUAAAUAUGACAGCGCCACAGCACACAGACAUUAAAGUUAUCAAACGUCAUAUACAACCUUAUAUAUAACGAUCAUAUGAAUGAUUUGAUAUAAGACGACUGAUCAUUGAAUUCUGAAAUGAAAAUAUACAUUUGUAAAAAAUAUAAUUCAACAAA